AUGAACGGUUUACCAGGGCCUCUUCCAAGCAAUGAAAGCACAAAUAGGAUUGCAAUUUAUGGAAUAUUAAUAUAUAAAUAUAAUUCCUCACAACCUAUUUUUUUGUCUGCUAGUGUUGAUUUAUCAUCAUUUCCAUUCUUUCAUAGAUCUUCCUUAAAAGAACAUAUAUUUUUCCAUUCAAGAUUAGUAUGUAGUAGAACACAAAAAGGGAACCGAGAAGUUAUUGAAUUAGAAUCGGGUAUUGGACAUUUACAUAUUUAUACAAAUAAAGAAACUGAUAUAAGUGUUUUAGUAUUGACUAGUAAAUCAUAUCCUAUGAGAAUUGCCUUUGGAUUAAUAGAUAAUGCUCAAAGACUAUUUCAACAAACAUGUAGAGGGAAAUAUGAACAUGUUAUUUCAGAUUUAAGUGAAGGUACCUUAUUUACAAGUGAACUAAAUGAAUUAUUAAAAAAAUAUCAAAACCCUUCAGAAGCUGAUAGACUUUCAAGAGUCCAAAAAGAUCUUGAUGAAGUUAGAGAUGUUAUGCUUAAAAAUAUUGAGGAUCUUUUACAAAGGGGUGAAAAACUUGAUGAUCUAAUGAAAAAGAGUCAAGACCUUUCCAAUUCAUCCUACCAGUUUUAUAGGCAAGCCAAGAAAAACAAUCAAUGCUGCCAAUUGUAUUGA